AUGUCCGACGCCACUGCCCGGGCGCAGGCAUAUGCCGCCGCACAGGCGGAGCAUCUCGCCGCCGCGCCCUUUGCGCCGGCGCUGCCCGUCGCCGUCAUGCCGUACCUCGCCGGCAUCCUGCUGGCGCUUGCCUUUCUGCUCUCCUUUUACUUCACGACCCUGCCAAAAGGCCGCAUCGCGCUCACCGAGAUCGUCACCGCCGGCGGCGCAUCGCUGUGCAUCGGCUUCGGCAUUGUCGCGCUCUUCACGACUGUCGGCGUGCACGUCUAG